CCGCCUGCCAUGCAGGCUACAAAUGUGUGAGCCUGCUAUUGUUACAUUCAGUGGUGUAUACCAUUUUGCUACGAUUUAGCGCAUUGUUUACAGAGAAAGCAUCGAAUAGUUUCAAUUUUUCUAAAAAAAUCCAGUAUGAAAAUCUAUGUAAAACUACUUGGGAGUCAAGAAACAACUAUUGAGGUAAUACAUAAUACGGUAGAAUCACCUAAUAUUGUUAGAUUUCUUUUCGAUCAUGUAAUAAAAGUGAUUCAACUCAAAAAUUUAUGUAUGAUGAUUCCACUAUUAAAUCACUACAGGUAGAUCCUUUAGACGCAGUAUCAUCUGUGAAAAAGAAAAUAGAGCGAGAGUUAGACAUACCAUGUGAAUUACAAAGACUUGUCUUCAAAGGCAGUCCUUUGGCUGGUAAGAUGACAUUUCCUAUAUUUGUAUUCUGUUGUUGUAAUAAUGUCGUUCUCUUUUGUCAAGUUGUCAGCAUGAUAUUUGUCAUUCCAGAGUUCAUUCCAGCAGCUAAACCAUAUGCUAGAUGUUAUAGACCAAAGCAAAUUUGUGUUAUGCCAAGUAUCAAGCAAACUACAGUAGCAUAUCUCCAAUCAGGAGGAAAGAUAUAACCAUCCCCAUCCAAUCUUUACUAUUACGUGUUUGGCUUGCUGAAUGAGCCCAAGAGGUUGUUAUAUGGAAGCCGGGCUGGCCCGCUUAGCGAGACAGCCCAGUAAGUGAGAUAUCACUGUGUAGCUACUUUCACUAUAUGAAAUUACUAUACGUUUAUAUGGACAAGUGGGCUGGCCCGGUGGCUGUAGCAAAAUCUCGCUUGCCGAGAUCAAAAUGUCUCAAUAUAGACACUCAGGCUGGUCCGGUAGCCAGGAUAAAAGUUCAAAGAUGCUCCCACAAGCUCUUUUAAACAACCGUCAAAAUAAAAAAAUUGUCCUGGCAAGCGGAUGAAAUUUUCUUGUAUAAACACAAGAGAAAUUCAUCCCACUUACGAAGAUGCCCCACUUUUUUGACGUAAUUUUUUCUUUUUUAGAUUCGUCCAGUUUAAGUGAUAAUAAAAUCUGUGAGAAUUCCAAGAUUCAUGUGUUUGUCAAAAAGACAACAUCACAGAACACAACUCAACAGACAGAUGCUUUAUGGAUGGAACUUAAGAAAUUUUUAUGCAAACAUUUUUCUGAAGCAGAUGCCGAAGUAGUCUUGAAUAACUUCAAAGAGGUUAGUUGUUAGAUUUCUCAUUUAUGGUUGCCCCCAGUGUUUUCUCAAUGUCUAAGAAUACCUCUAUAUUCUUAUAAUUUUUUUUCUUCUUUUUUAGGAUUUUAAAACUACUUUAAAAGAACUAAGUUUAGAUGAUUUAGAAAGGCUUGGACACUAUCAUUUAGAAAGAAUGUCUGGAUCUGGAAGUUGAAAUGAAAUAAUGAUUGCAGUUUCUGUAUUGAAUUGAUCAUUACAUCUGAGUUCAAUCAGAUUAAGCAAAAAUCUCUAUGGAAAAAAUGCAUUCAAGUCAGUUCAAAGCAAUCAGAUGUAGAUAAAAUGUGUAAAUUUAUCAGAAAAAGGUAGAAUAACCUUUCAAUGAAAUGAUUAAGAACUUCCCUUCCAAAAUAUGUUAUUUGGGAAGUGAGAUAACAUACAGGAAACUGGAAGAAAGCAAACAUGGAUUUCAGGAUUUUCAAGAUGUCACAGGAUGCCGGUUUGAAAAAAAAUACAUACCUAUGGAAGAACAUGAUUACACAAAAUAUUCUAAACAAACUUUUUUGCUUUGGCAGAGGACUGCUAAUUCUAGCUAUAAUAAUUAUCAGUUAACUCAUAGUGUGCAACCAGCAGGAGAAUUGAGACAUGAUGAAUAUUUUAUACAAUAGUCAAUCUUUAAGAAUAUCUUUACCCUUGGCCUUUACUAAAGGAAAGUAUAUAUGUAGAUUUUCGUCGCUAUGCGGAUGCGAUAUUAUAUUUCAAGACAGCUGUUUCAAUACAGUGUAGAUAUUGAAUAAUAAAGUAAACAAUUUAGACAAUUUAAUCUUCCCAAAACAUUUAGAAAACGAAUUGCUGCAAGCAAACAUAAAUGCCUAUAUUUAUACUGUUAUGUAUUAAACAACAAAGACUAAACUAAUUUUCACUUGAAAUAAAACGAAUAACCCUUUGUAAGUCGUUCACUCUCCAG